AUGUCUGGGAUUCAAGAAAAUUAUGAAGGAUCCCCCACAUUGAAUGGUAGUUCACAAUUACCAUUACUUUCUUCAUCAGCAUCAAAAGGUCAUUUGAAUACAAAUUCUCUACAUUCAAGAAACAGUCGAUCAGGAUUGGUAGCGGUUCCAGAGAAUUUUACAAAAAACUUACAAGGUCUUCCGGAUCGUCUUGGGAAUCUGCAUUUUAAAAAGGCAGGAAAAGAAAACGAGGGACAGAUUGACUUUUCUUUAGAAUCUAAGGAUAGUACAUCUUUAAAGGGCAUAAGCAGGUCACCAGAAAAGAAUGGAAUGAAAGAGGCGAAAAUUCAAGGAAUUCAAAAAACAGAGGCAUCAAAUUCAGAAUUUCAGACAUGGAAUACACAUAAAAAGCUUACAUCAAAUGAGAUGGAAAAAAUAACAAAACCGAGUGUAAAAAGACUAGUUAACGUUUGUCAAAUAUUUUUUCUUGAUCAUUAUUUUGACAAGCUACGUUAUCUCUGUGAAAGACAACAAAGGAUCGAAAAAUUUCAUGAAUGGGCAAGAAAACAGAUAGAGGAAGGGAAGCUUACCGCAUCUGAAUAUACAGCUGCAUGGAAAUGUCAUUGUCAUACGGAACGAAGUACUCUUCGAAAAAGACGUGCAAAAAUGAAGCAAGAAAAUUUUCAUAUUAUUGCACAAAUUGGUCAAGGAGGAUAUGGAAGCGUUCACUUGGCACAAAUGAAAGAUACAAAAGAAAUUGUUGCCCUUAAAAAAAUGAGCAAAAAAUUGUUACACAAAUUGGAUGAGAUACGUCACGUACUUACGGAGCGUGAUAUUUUAACGAAUUCAACGUCUCCCUGGCUUGUUCGUCUCCUUUAUGCCUUUCAGGAUCCUGAUUAUUUAUUCUUUGCUAUGGAAUAUGUUCCAGGAGGCGAUUUUCGUUCUCUUUUAUGUAAUAGUGGUAUUUUGCGUGAUGAACAUGCGAAAUUUUAUCUCUCGGAAAUGUUCAUGUCUGUAGACUCUCUUCAUCGUCUUGGGUAUAUCCAUAGAGAUCUAAAGCCAGAGAACUUUCUUAUUGAUUCUAAGGGUCAUAUAAAACUUACAGAUUUUGGACUUGCAUCUGGGAUUAUUAAUUCCCAGAAAAUAGAAUCUUUAAGACUUAAACUCGAUCAAAUUAAAGAUCUAGAAGUUCCUACUAGAACUGCAGUUGAACGUAGGAAUAUUCACAGAACUUUAAAAAUGCAAGAGUUAAACUAUGCCAAUUCAAUUGUUGGAUCACCAGAUUAUAUGGCACCAGAAAUCCUCAAUGGCCAUGAUUAUGACUUUACUGUGGAUUAUUGGUCUCUCGGUUGCAUACUUUUUGAAUGUUUAACAGGUUAUCCACCAUUCUCUGGAAAAAAUAUGAAUGAAACAUGGUCCAAUCUAAAAAACUGGAAAUAUACAUUAGUUAGACCUGUUUAUGAAGAGAAAGAAUUCAAUAUUCAUGAUGAUGCCUGGGAAAUUAUUACAAAACUUAUCACAAAUCCCAGAAGACGAAUAUCCAGUAUUCAAGAGGUAAAAGAACAAAAAUACUUUAAACAUAUCGAUUGGACAACACUUCGCCAACAAGAAGCACCUUUUGUACCCGAUCUUGAUUCUGAAUUCGAUCAUGGUUAUUUUGAUGACUUUACCAACGAAAAUGAUAUGUUAAAAUAUAAAGAAGUCUAUGAAAAACAAUCUUCCGUUGAAUCUAUGGAAGACCGUCUUGAAAAAGUCCCACCGACUACAUUUGUCGGAUUUACAUACAAACAUCAAAAAAUUAUUGAAAGUAACCAUAUACAAGAUAUUCCUACUUCAGUAGAUAAACUUCGCAACAGAGAAGUAACUUUUGAGACAUUGUUUUAA